AUGGCCUCCCCGAACAUGUACCAGGCCUCGGACGGCAAGUGGUACCCCGUCGAGCACAUGCCGCAGGGCUACGGCGGCGGACAGCAGGGCUACGGCGGCUACGGCCAGCAGCCCCAAAUGCAGUACGGCGGCCAGCAGCCCAUCUACGUCCAGCAACAGGGGCGUCCCGGCGGCGCCGGUGCCGCUGCGGGCACGGGUGCCGCAGCAGGUCUCGGAUGCUGUGCCGCACUUUGUGGUAUGCUGCUCUGUUUCGACCUCGGCGCAUGUCUCUUCUAAGACACGAACAAGAACAUCACCGCGCCUCUGGACUAGCAUAGCCUCGUAAACGAUAAUGCCCGGCCCACGAUCGAUCUGGCCCCUAGCUUGAGCCCGAACCUUCGUCCGCUAUAGAUUGGGUUGUACUUUGAGAUAUCUUUGAUGCCAUAGAUUGUUGCUAUCGGUACUGCUGAUGAUGUGGUCUGCGCUGAUUAUAUCGCGCUGGCUGACGUAGUUGACUGCGGAGUCGCGCGGAGGAUCCGUGGCGAUCACCUCAAGUGACACCCGUAGUUCAAGUGAUGCGACG